CCCCGCCAACCAGCGUCGCCAUUUUGAUUCGAAAAAAUAUGACUGAGUUUUUCCUGCUUUGCAUGCUAAACUUAGCUCCGCGUUUGAAUUUCGUUCGAAUCAAACGCGCUCCGUCCGAAAGAACAGAUAUCGGGGCCAUCGAUGCCCAACAAGCCGCCCGCGGCCCAGUAUUUGCCUCUCGGGGUGAAUUUUAAAGCCACGCUUUGGACUUAACGUCGGGGGCUAACUUGAAGCUAACAGACAGCCUCCUGCUUGCUUGUUCGAACUGGCGAAGGCUGACCCAGGCUGUUCUUCAAAACAAAUCACUAGAUGAGGCUCAUGCAGUGAAGCUAACGCGGCUAAUUGUGAGCUGGGGGGGAGCUAGUGACUAAGGGAUCGGGCUGGGGUAAGAAAAAAGUGCUGUAACGGUCUAACGCAAAGAAGAGGAAACGCACGGGGGAUAUUCAAAGGUUAUGGUGAGCCUCCCAGCGUUCCAUCUCCUAAACAGGCCUGCAUUUUAAAAGGAGACCCAUGCUGAUAAAUGCCAGGCCCCCCCACGCUUUCUGUCUUCUGCACAAACACAAAUGCCUGCCUGCCCGCAGGAGAGGUCUGAUUAAAGAUAUCCACAUUUCAUUCACUGGGCUGUGUUCCCCACCCCGGCGGCCACCAUGUUUUGGAAGUUUGACCUGCACACCACCUCCCACAUCGACCAGCUGCUGGACCGGGAGGACGUGACGCUGCGCGAGCUGAUGGAGGAAGACGACGUGCUGCAGGAGUGCAAGGCCCAGAACCGCCGCCUGCUGCUCUUCCUCUCCCAGGACCACUGCAUGCAGGAGCUGGUCGGCCUCAUCACCAAAGAGCCGCCCGCCGACUUGGAAGAGAGGAGCCGAUUUAAGCUUCCCAACAUUGCGUGCGAGCUCCUGACCUCAGACGUGUCUAUCAUAAACGAUAAGCUGGGCGGAGAAGAAUCUCUCCUGGAGAUGCUCUACCACUUUCUGGAGCAGGACCCGCCCCUCAACCCGCUGCUCGCCAGCUUCUUCAGCAAAACCAUCGGCAAUCUCAUUGCCAGGAAAACCGAAGAGGUGAUCGCCUUUCUCAAGAAGAAGGAAGGCUUCAUCGCUCUGGUGCUGAAACACAUAGAUGCGUCUGCUAUGAUGGACCUGCUGCUUCGCCUCAUCAGUUGUGUGGAGCCUGCCCCUUUGAGGCAGGAGGUCCUUCAUUGGCUGAAUGAAGAGAAGCUCGUUCAAAGACUCAUUGAGCUUAUCCAUACUGGUAAAGAUGAGGAGAGACAAUCAAACGCGUCCCAAACACUUUGUGACAUAAUUCGCCUUAGCCGAGACCAGGCCAAUCAGAUGCAGGAGAACAUGGAGGCCGAUCCGCUAUUGGCUGUGCUCGAGUCACAAGAAACUGUAGCAGGACUCCUCAAGAACAUGUUUGAGGGCGAGAGGAACGAGGCUUCCAUUGUUAACGGAACUCAAGUGCUACUUACCUUACUGGAGACCAGGAGGUCUGGGUUGGAAGGGCUGAUGGAUCUGUAUUCUCAGGGUUAUGAAAGGUCUUACACUGUCAACAGCAGUAUUUUAAAUGCCAUUGAGCCCCAUUUAAAAGAUUUCCAGCAGCUUCUUCUGGAUCCCCCAAAGAAAGGUGCAAUACUGACCACCGUUGGCGUUCUAGAUCAGCCACUGGGGAACGCCCGCCUUCACGUGGCCCGACUGGUGGCUGCCCUCCUGCAGACCACCUCCCCCAGUAUCUGCCAGGAGCUAUGCGACCUCGGCACCAUGGACCUACUACUGGAUCUGUUCUUCAAAUACUCGUGGAAUAACUUUUUGCACUUCCAAGUGGAGCUCUGUGUGGCGGCCAUCCUGAACCACCCUUCCUCCGAGGAGCGGCCCAACCCGGGCCUCCAGAACCACAACGGGCAGCAGGCGGCAUCGGCCGCCGAAACUCAAGUCGAGGCGGUGGAGUCGGGCGGGACCAGUGACCCACAGACCUCCCUCCACAAUACCCUGGUGGCACAUCUUUUCCAGAAGUGUCGAUUGGUACAAAAGAUCCUCGAUGCCUGGGAGGAGAACGAUAAAAUACAGUCUGAGGGUGGCACCAGGAGAGGCAACAUGGGUCACCUGACCAGAAUUUCCAACAUGGUGGUCCAGAACCUAGAGAAGGGGCCAGUACAGACCCAGAUUGCUGACCUCAUCAAAGUUAUUUUUUUAAACAAUUCAGAGCUGCCCGAAGACUGCAGAGGUCGCUGGGAGAGUUUUGUGGACGAAACGCUGAGAGAAACAAACAGAAGAAACACAGUAGAGCUGGUGAGCACGCACAACAUGCACUCGUCCAGCGAGGACGACGACAUGGAGAGCCCCUUCCCGAACGACCUGUCCCUCCAACAGGCUUUCUCUGACUAUCAGAUCCAGCAGAUGACCGCCAACUUCGUGGACCAGUUUGGCUUCAACGACGAGGAGUUCAGCGAACACGACGAAAAUAUCAACGCCACAUUUGACCGAAUUGCUGAAAUAAACUUCAAUUUAGAUUCUGAUGAUAACAGUGCCAACGCAGCUGCUUUUGAGGCCUGCUGUAAAGAGAGGAUACAUCAGUUUGAUGAUGCGGAUGAGGAAGAGGACAUUUGGGAGGAAAAGGAGAUCAACUAUGCAACGCAAGCUAAAUCCAGAACAAGGUUUGGGGUGUCCCAAACAUCAGAAGGAAGCUCCCGGAGUAGCUUGGAAAACGGCGGACAGGAGCAAGACUGCGGCUCCGAAUCCGACGAGGAGGAAGAGUUUGAGCAGAACACAUCAGACACAGGGCCAGGCUGGACAGCAAAUUUCAGGGACUCUGACGGGAGCACGGCAUCCCAGACUCCAUCUGGCUGGGAUGCACUUCCCGCCGGUGCUGGAAACGAGACCCAGGAAACGGGCUGGGCCAAUUUCACGGCGUUCCAGCCGUUCUCAAGCACAGUCAGGUGCAGCUCCCCCGUAGAUACUGGAGGCAGCGACGCGGACAAACAAGCCAAACAAAACCACGAGAAGCGCGCAGACGCCGUCGCUUCGCCCCGCAUGGGGCCUUCGGGGGACGUGACGGCGGCUCCUCCCGCCGCCUCGGACAGCGGCUCGCCCGGAGGCUCCGACGGCGAGGAACUCAACUCUGCAGCAACUAUCGUCUCCAAAGCAGCUGCCGGCGGCGGCAAGACAGCAGACGUCACAAGCGAGGAGAGUCCUGUGUCCCUGGAGAAACUCUCACUGUCAGAUCCUCCAGAUGCCUCGCAGCAGCCUCCUGAGGAAUCACCCGUAACCGCACAGACUGACAGGAAAGAGGAGCCGCCAGCGCCCCAAGAAGUGGCCGUCAACGGGCCGGUGUGAGCGCAGACGCGGGAGCGGCGGGGAUGCCAACGACCAGCUGUAAGCCUCCUCCAGAGUGACUCCUUUCAAAAUAAACCUCAGUGCGACUCCAGUGUUUUUACUGAAUCACUCUGCCAUGUUAUUGGACCUGGACACUGCCAAUCGAUACCAGUAACCAGAGGCGGCGGAACAUGUACAAAAAAAAUCUAUAUAUAUAUAUAUAAAUAUAUAUAUAUAUAUAUUACAGAAAAAGGAGGACAAAAACAGAACAGUAUGUAGAUCGUCAAAUCCUUUCCCCCCCUCCCCAUGUUGCACAUGAAUACGUGCGGUUUUAAUGUAGCAGCAAUCUUGGAGGAGGGUAAAAACAGCAUCAUGAUCACCAUCAUUAUUUUUUUAUGUCCAGAACGAUUUCUCUCUUACAGGUUGAACCUGGCAGUUAGGCUUUGACAUUGCUGCACCAUGUCAGGAUAGCACAGGCUAUGUUUUUCUGUUUAUUAUUUUUUUCUUCUUCUUCUUAAAUGCGCCUCAAUUACAAUAAGCCUGUUUUUUUUUUGUGUGUUUUUGACAAAGCACUUGUUCAGCCAUUUCCUGUCUGUCCUAGCACAAUAUCAGUGUUUCACCUUGAGCUCUUGCAGAAUGAAAUUUUCCACACAAUUGCAUUUUGGUUUCACACUUUUUUUUUCUUUGGUUGCCGUUUAAAGAACCUUCUUCACCAGGUGUCUGAAUGUGUCACGUAGGAUGAUGAGGAGGGUCAGCGAACAGAGCUGCAAGAGUAUUACUGUCUUUAGCUCAUGUGCAAUAAUGUCAAUUAGUCAUUUUUAACUUAAAUCCAACCUAUUUUAUGAGAUGAAAUCAAGCUAGUCAUUUGGUGUCAUUUUGCUUCAAUUGAAUUCAUUUUAAUUUUAUUUAGUGCAUGUGUGAGCGACCUCACUUGUGAGCUCAGACCUUCUGAUUGUAUUGAUGUUAACCAUUCUUUUUUUUCCCCCAACCAACCAAACGUUAUCUACCUAAUAUACAAUUGCUAAUCUACAUUUACAGGUCAUUUUACAAGCAAUCUUAAAUACUAUGGUAGUCUGUUUCUCUCUCUCUCUCUCUCUCUCUCUCUCUCUCUCUCUCUCUCCACAAAGCACACAGGAUAUGAGUGACAUCUGGAAGGAGUGAUGCUGUACCUUUGGUUUUCUUUUUGUUUUUUUUCUUUCAAUGUUAAUUUUAUUUGAUCUCCAAGCUGCAGAAUUGAGGAGAAAAAAAGAGGACAGGUGCUGGUUUCAAGCAGCCCCGGGCCUCUUGAUGUACUUAAAAAUCACUUGAUGGCGAUCUGAUUCUAUGAUUCAUUGUUCAAACAAAUUAAAAGUGUCUGACCACGUUAA